AUGUUGAAGCCAUCGAAAGAGUCUGCGUCACAAUUCGCGAAACAGGCGUGUAUGGUUUGCAAAAAUAGUUGCAAAACUCUGGAUAGGUGUAAACAAUUCCGGGAACUUCCGCGAGACGCUAAAUGGACCGUAGUUAGAGAGUUCGGGCUUUGCCGCACAUGUCUUGGCCAGCACAAAGGAAGCUGUAAGGCCAAACCAUGUGGAAAGGAUGGCUGUUCGUACCGACACCACGAGCUUUUACACAACGAUCAAAUCAGCGGUAGAGCAACGUCUAACAGUCAAAGUGAAGCUAAACCAGCUUCUCAACCGUUACCAUGCAGCUCUGGUCAAAACUGCAACGUUCAUAGAACAACGUCGAGUUCUGUGCUCUUCCGAUACAUGCCGGUAGUACUUUUUGGACCCAAAAAAGCUGUGCAUACCUAUGCCUUUUUAGAUGAGGGCUCAGACGUAACAUUACUCGAUAGAGAGCUAGCAGACGAAUUACAGCUGGGUGGGACAGUGAAACCACUAUGCAUCUGUUGGACAGGAGGAGCGCAUCGCACCGAGAAUAGUUCGCAUGUUGUGAAUCUGGAAAUUGCACCGCAACAUAAUGAAACUAAACGAUUUGCUUUACGAGAUGUCCGCACUGUACAGCAGCUACUGCUACCAUGUCAAACGCUGGAUGUGGCUGAGCUUCAGCAGUUAGACCCUCACCUUAGAGGUGUUCCUAUCAAGUCAUUCACCAACAUUCGACCGCGUAUCCUGAUCGGUUCGAACCAUGGUUACCUGGGGCUAACGAGAAAAAGCCGUGAAGGAGUCCUGGGUCAGCCAAUAGCCAUGAAAUCGCGUCUUGGUUGGACCAUAUGCGGUUCGAUACGUCCUGAUGCGAUACCCAGUCCUUUUCAAUACACGUUUCACGCACACGGGUGUAGCGAACAAACUGAUGAGGAUCUGCAUCAAGCCGUGAAAGAAUACUUCAUUUUGGACAGUUUCGGAGCGGCCAAGACAGACAAAAUACUCCGAUCGUCCGACGAUGAGCGAGCACAGUCCCUUCUAGAAACACUCACGCGCUUUAACGGCGAGCGAUAUGAGACUGGAUUGCUUUGGCGAUACGAUGAGGUACGCCUCCCCAACAGUCGUGAAAUGGCAUUACGGCGCCAUCAAGGGUUGGAAAAAAGAAUGCAGAAGGAUCCCCAACUAGCUACUGUACUAAAUCAGAAAAUCGCCGAUCUCAUAGCUAAAGGGUACGUUCGUGUCGCGUCCGAGGAAGAGGCGAUUCGAGUAGCUAAAGACGUUAAACACGUGCACGCACAAGGUGGAUUUGAGAUAAGGAACUGGCUUAGUAAUUCACGAGCAGUUACCACAGCGCUACAUGAAGAGAGACAAGUAGAAAAAUGUCUGGAUUUGUCCUCGGAAUUAUCUGCCGAAAAAGUUUUGGGGAUGUGGUGGAACACAACUUUAGAUUUUUUCACCUUUAAAAUUGGUUGGACGCGCUACGAUGCGACACUACUGAAAGGAACAAAACGUCCCACCAAACGAGAAGUGUUACGAAUUCUGAUGUCCAUAUACGACCCGCUCGGGUUGAUCGCCCAUUUUCUUUCUUACUUGAAGUUUCUGCUGCAGGAAAUUUGGCGAUCCGGCGUCGAUUGGGACGAAGAGAUAAACGACGACUCAGUCACUAAAUGGCAGGGAUGGCUGAACGUGCUGCCACAAGUCGAGAAUGUCAAAAUUGCCCGAUGUUACUUCCCCAGUUUUCCAGUUAGCGAGGCCGAUGAAAUUCAGCUACAUACGUUUGUUGAUGCAGGGAAAAAUGGAAUGGCAGCCAUUUCGUUUCUGCGAACUAUCAAAGACGGAAAGAUUCACUGCUCACUUGUCGCUUCCAAGACGAAGGUAGCACCUUUGAAGCUCACGUCCGUUCCUCGUCUUGAACUACAUGCGGCAGUAAUUGGAACACGACUAUCACUAACACUUCUAGAUACGCUGUCGAUAGGUAUCACGAAAAAAUUCUACUGGUCGGACUCCAGAGAUGUUCUUUGCUGGAUUAACUCCGACCAUCGCCGGUACAGCCAAUUCGUUGGCUUCAAAGUAACCGAAAUCUUGGAAGCUACAGAAGCAAGCGAAUGGCGCUAUGUGCCAAGUAAAUUAAACGUUGCUGUUGACGCUACAAAAUGGGCUGGGUGCCCUGACUUAUCCGCUGAAAGCAGAUGGCUAAAUGGGCCGGAUUUUCUCUGGACAACGACAGACGCAUGGCCACAAAUAUCGAUACGCAAUGAUUCCACUAACGUUGAGCUCACGGCAAACUGCCUCAUCCACUGCACCAUUCCAGAGCCAUUCAUCAAGGUUGAAAAUUUUUCCAGCUGGAACCACCUUAAAAGAGUAUCAGCUUGGGUACUACGGUUUCCCACUAACUGUCGUUCCAAGCGCCGAAAGGAACCGAUGCUGACAGGAGAACUCACCAAACGUGAACUGUGUUGUGCUGAAACACACCUACUUCUUAUUGCUCAACUAGUAGGUUACCCUCAGGAAUGGUUUGCUCUAUGUAAUGCAACAAAAAGCGAUCGAGCGCUUGUAAAAUCCAGCCCGCUGUAUAAACUAAUGCCGUGUUUGGAUGAAAACGGCCUGAUGCGAAUGAGAACGAGAAUCGGAUCCUGCCAGUUCGCCACGAACGAUGCUAAAAAACCCAUCAUCUUACCUCGAAAACACCACAUCACUGCUUUAAUUGUGUCACACUACCAUGAGGAAUAUCACCACCAUAAUCACGAAACUGUGAUCAAUGAAAUACGCCAAAAGUUUCAAAUCAGUCGUUUACGCACCUGCUAUUUUCAAGCUCGCCGAAACUGUCAAAGAUGCAAGAAUGACCAAACGUCACCGAAGCCACCCAUAAUGGCAGAUCUGCCUCCCGGUCGCCUUGCUGCCUUUUCACGCCCCUUUACGCAUGUGGGAAUUGAUUACUUCGGCCCAAUCGAAGUUGUCGUUGGCCGAAGAGUUGAAAAACGCUGGGGAAUGCUCGCCACAUGCCUCACCGUUCGGGCGAUUCACAUUGAAAUUGUUCACUCAUUAACCACCAGCUCGUGCAUUAUGGCAAUUCAGAAUUUCAUCGCUCGGCGUGCAUACGAACAGAACGACAUAUCUGUUUUAGAGAUAUCACAAGCUUGGGAGGAUCUUCCUUUUACUUCGUCAUUCAAGCAAGUAGAAAAAGAAAAAAGUGGUAGCUACAUAGAAAGUAAAUUCCUAGAUCAUAUCAAAGAUCUAGAAGAAGAAUUUGUGGAAAAUAAUAUUUCCAUCAACCAAAUAAGUCUAAAGCAAAUUGAAGAUUUAGACUUAGACGAAACCAGUUUUUGCGUAGUUAUAGAGAAAUUGAAAGAUCGAUUUUCGAGAGACAGUUUCUACUUCAAUCGGACGUUGAAACCAAAAUUCAUGAUGGCAGACCCAGCACCUUACGAAUUUCCAAUGGUCAUGGCUAUGCAAUCGAUUCCGGAGUUUCAUGGGAAGCACGAACAACUUCGUCCAUUUCUGAUAUUAAUCGACUACUUCGCAGAAAAAAUACCAGAAAAAGAAGAUCAGACACCGCUCUUGAAUGUUGUAUACACAAAGCUAAGAGGAGAAGCGCUAACGCGACUCACAGAAAUAGAAGACGACAACUGGGAGAAAGUUAAAACGAAUUUAGAAAGCGCUUUCAAUGGAGAAUCGACGAUAGGAUCUCUAAUCAAACAAAUCGAAACUUUAGUUCAAGGAGAUACCGAAAGUUUUGAAAAUACAGAAGUAGGGCUGCAAAACUUUACCACCAAACAACCCAAUUGA